GUACAAUUGUGGGUGAACAACGUUGGGCUGCGAUGUUCGCCACCGGCUGCCAUUGCCACCGGCGCUCGAAUCAACAUUGGAGAAAGCAUGAAGCGAAACGGUCACUGCGUAGGAAGGCACGAAGGUUUAAACAGAACGGCGAUUUCAUUCACCACAGCUAAAACAGCGAGGUCGACGAGACAGGACAAAGACCCGACACCAGACCGACAACUCGACAUCAGAUCAACCACCUUGUACCAGAGCAACCACUGGGUACCAGAACCACCAUCUGACAGCAUGCCUGGGGAGUUAGCUCAUGACAGACUGCUGCUGACUCUCCUCAAUGAUGUUGUACGUCGGACUGCCGAGGUCUUCUGUGCUGCUGUUUUAUCUGUUAGCAUCUGCGGUGAGGAAAGGUGGGAGAGGACGAAAGAAAGGGAAGCGACAUACCAGACACCAGAACGGCGACCCGAAAACAUUCCCGGUGAGUGGCCCAUGGCACACUGCCGCUUCGUCGCGAGUCGAAGUGCGCACCGCUCAGCUGUGAGCUCGCCUCGAAGCUUAAGCGGUUGUCAAAGCCCUGGUUCAGCGAGGGCAGAGCAUUGGGCUGUGUCCGGGUCAGUCCGCUAUCUUGACCACUAGCGGACAAGCGUACCUGCUAGGUUGCAGACAGUCCGGAUGGAUACCGAGCCGAGGAUGGCGUGUCCGGCACAGAGUUGCGGGAGUGCAGCUGCUUGUGCAUUGGAGUCAACAUGUCUUAAUGGGUUCCAUACCAACCCCCCGGGGCAAGCCGCCUCUACGGAGGUCAGAAUGGACUGUGAAGGGGAAGGGAGCGAAGACACUCACAUCGCG